CAAGUGACCCAGUUUUAUGUAGACGAUAACGACGGAAUUCGUGAGUUAUUCGGGCUUCUUUCAUCCUUGUAACAACCUUUUCCGGCCAUUGUAAACAAGUCGAUUUGUGCUCUUAACUCCUAAGAGGAGUAUUCUAGUAGUGGCGAGAAUUAGAACUGAAGCCUUUUUUCAAGAAGGAAUAACUACUAGGUAGCCUAUAUCUUUUGCUCAUUUAGCCUAUUUAGUGUGGAACACUAGUCCAACGACCUCAAUGGCUUCUGGAGGAGGACAGGCUAAUUUCGAAGGGAAUGAUAGUCUCCAGGCAGGAAGGAGUGAUGUAUCUAAAAGCACUGAUCGUCGUUAUAACCAGGUUGUUCAGGAGUAUAUGAAGAGAAAUCUAUUGAAGUCUGACUCUGAACGCAGUAGUAUCUCACCAUCACAAGUAUUGUCACUGCACGCUGAUAAAGCAGGCCCUAAUGAAGGAUCUUAUGUAAGUUGGGAAUGCCCUGAUACUCCUCAGUCCCAGAAAUUUGCAGCAUCAAAGGACCGAGGCUCAGAAACUGGAACCCCUCUUUAUUCAUUUAUUGAUGACCCAGACCCUGCCAAUUUUCAUUCUCUGGAUUCUAAGAUGACCUCUACAGCACAGUCCGUUAGGAAUCCUACAGGUGGCUUUCAGUUUGGUUCUGAUAAUAGCAAGGCUUCAUUUACAUUUGAAGAUGCAUUUCAAAACACAGAUCCUUUUUCACCCUGUGCAGAAAAUGUUGUUUCUCUCUCAUUUUGUUCUCUGCCAUCACCUGAAGAGCUUGAGAUGAAAACGCCACACAGUGAUAAUAACCAGUCACCAGCAUCAGGAGGUGCUCCAAAGGACAGUGGGAAGAGAAUUUCCCCUCCAAAACUGGCUUUUGUUUUUCCCAGCCCAAAUAAGAAUAAGCCAAGUAAGCAAGGCCCAGUCAUGACUACAUUUUCAAAAUUAGAUGAUGUAAAGGAAAAUGAAGAUAAUUCUCCUCUACCUCUUGGUACUCCUACAGAAUCCCAAGAUAGUUCUGUCAGCCAUCACACACCCAGCAUUUGGGUUACUAAUGUCAGGGGAUCAUCACACAAUUUGUUAGGUGGACCUGCAAAAACAGAGAAUUCGCCUCGCAGAAUUCAAUCUUGGACUGGGGAGCCCACCCCAUCAGAUGAAAAGAAGUCAAGGAUGAAACAAUAUGAAAGAAGAGCACUGUCAGAGUCAGUGUAUCCCCCUGAGGAGUCAAAUAGAAAAAGUUACACUUUUCAUCCGUCACCUAUUUCUUCAAAUGAAAAAAGAGCUCAUUCUUUUGACACUUCCAAUACCACAAUGCAUAUGCUGCAUUCACCUUCACCUUCACCAAAUUAUUUUGCGUCCGAGGAUUUGUAUUACAACCAUGAUAAAACAGACUAUGAGAGAAAACUUGACCGCCAAGAGAGAAUUGGCUGGUGUCUAAUCAUUUUUGGAAUUUCUAUACUAAUAAGUGCUGUCAUUGUUAUUCUCGUCAUAGAAAUUCCAGCCCAUGAUUUUGAAGAGGAGGAAUUUGAGCCUGACAGCAAAUCAUUCUUUGAUUACAUGGAGAAUGUUCAAGAGGAUGUGUUGUCAGCACUUCAGUAAUUUUUAAGGUGAGCUCUGUGUAGCAGUAGACAAGAGAAAGGAACAAGUUUUUAUUUAUUUUGUUAUGGAUUGAAAUACUGACGAUUGUGUCUAUAUGUAAUAUUGGAUAACUUAUGUUGUUUUUUUGGGUGAGAUAUACUGUAUUUAAAACAAUGUGUAGUGAUAUACUACCCUUCUGUAAUUAUUUUGUUAAUGUGUAGAGAGAGUUUUUUUCUUAUGCAAAAUAUAAAGUUUUGAGACUUUGA